CCUGCCGAUUAUCCGCCACCUCCUGGAGCAGCCCCAGCUCCUCGUGGCAGACACAACGAUCGAUACAGUCCUGAUCCCAAUUUGGGCUAUCCUCCAGCCAAUGAGACUUUUGCUGGUGACACGCGCUACGCUGGCGAUACUCGCGGCAGGCCGGGUUCAGAACAUAUGGCCUAAACAAGAAGAGCGUACAGUUCAACGUGCCACCGGACGAGGGUAUGCACUCACCGGAUGCACAGAGAAAACCCAACCCUCGACAAACGGACCCAGGAACGGAUUAUUCGGAAAGCAACGGACAGGACGACAGAAUCAGAACAAGAAGCGAAUCAAGUAGUGACGGUACUACUGAGAACGAGCACAAGCGCAGAAGACGCAGACGCCACCGCUACCACGACGAAGACAUUGACGAACAACACGAACAACACGAACAUGAGAACGGCCACAAUGAUUCCCAGCAUCGUCGCCGCAGACGCCACAAGUCUCGCGAUUCUUCAGCUCACCGCACCGGUUCUCCAGACAGCGUACACUCCAGCGAAACAGUCGAAUUACCACCACGUUUCGACCAAGAAGGCAGAAAGGUACCAGAACGCGGCGAAGACCCUUUGGCCGACAAGAUCGAAGACCUUUUACGUGGUAAAGGUACUGCUGGAAGCCUGUUCAAGCGAAUUGCUGGUGAUAUCCUCGGCGACGGCGCUGGAAAGAAGAGACGCUGAUUUUCCCAAUUCUCCCUUUUUGCUGAUGCCCCAUUUUGCUUGUAAUACCCUUCCAUUUUGCCCAAUUCCUCCUGCACCCUUUUUGCUUUAUUAUGAGAAACACGAAUUGCUUGAUUUCUUUUUUUGCUCUUGCCUUGAAGGCAGUCCUUUUAUGGCUUUGGUUUUUGCUUGCUCUUUUUUCUUGCUACAUUAGCUACUCGAGUAGUCGCUCAAGAACAAUCACACAAUAUGACUCUCUUUAUGCUCUCAUUCACGUACUGUUGCGUCUUUUUGACA